AUGCUCUUGUUCUACGGCUGUGACGCAACUUCACUUCAUGAGCACAGAGUUGGGUGUUAUGCAGUAAACGAAACGAGUUCAGUUUUGGCAUUGGAUAAAAGAGAUACAAAUAUAAGCUUCGUGGCACAGAAUUGCAGGGAUGGAUUUGUGGAUACGGUAGUGGAAGAUGGAAUAGGAGGGGUUGAAGAAGCCUUGAGAAAAGGGUUCUUGCUGACAUGGACGGCGAGUAGCUGCACCGUGUGCAGCAGCACAGGAGGGAGGUGUGGUUUCGAUCCAGAUUUGUACACUUUCAUGUGUUAUUGCCCUGACAGAGCUCAUUCUGCCAAAUGUGGUGCUGAUGAUCCACCAUAUGACUAG